UCAAAACAGUGCCAGCUUUUCCAACAUAAAUAAUAUUCCCAGUUUGCAAAUUGCAGUGCCACCACCAAUUCAGAGUUAGGAAUCAGAGAGAGAGAGAGAGAGAGAGAGAGAGAGCCAACCAUGAACACAAAACCCCUGAGAAAGUCGGGAACAUUUGUCCUGAAAAGGACUCCUUCAAUGGAACUCCAGACCUCACUUCCUUAUUCAGAAACAUAUCUCCCAAAGAAGCCCUUUAAUUCAGUUGAAUUCCCUUCCUCUCCUCCACCCACUAAGGGAGAGGAAAUAUUUCACUCGAGUCACCCUCAUUCCCUAGAAGAAUUUGAGUCCAGGGACCCCUUUACGUGCUCCGGCUGCAAGGAGCGUGGUGCCGGCAGGAGGUUUAGAUGUCAACAAUGUGACUUUCGGCUGCAUGACUUCUGUGCCUUAUCUCCUCCAGCUCUCAAGAAUCACCCCCUCCAUGGCCAACACCAACUGCUCUUCCAUUCUAAAUCUAAACCAGGUGGACUUAUGGGGCCAAGAUGUGAUGUUUGUGGCAAGCCCACCAGGGGGUUUACAUUCCGGUGCAACGCCUGCAGUUUCCAGAUGCACCCUUGCUGUGCUAUGCUUUCAACUGAAAAGAACUUUAAGAAGUAUCAUCCACACACCUUGAAACUCUUACCUGCAAUGGCACCAUCAAACGGUGAGUCUGGUUUUGCAUGUGGUGAGUGCAAGAGGAAGAGGUCGGGUCGAGUGUACCACUGCACAGUUUGUGAUUACAAUCUCCACGCAGCUUGUGCCAAGAACAUGAUCAAUGGGCUUCGAGACAACGGAAUCAACGAAACAGCUGAGACGCCGUCUUCGAGCAUGUUUGGGAUGGCGGCUCGUCUUGCAACUAAUGUUGUUGUUGGAUUCAUUGGAGGGCUUAUUGACGGCAUUGGAGAAAGUGUUGGGGAGGCUUUAGUGCAAAGUGUUGUUACAAGAGAUCGACGCGGUACUAGAACAAGGUUAGGAUGAAUUAUGCGAUUGUGAUUAAGUUUGGAGACUUUGGAUCUUAACAUAUUACAUUUCUAUUGUUGAUUGUUACUGCAUGUUUAUAGCUGAACAUGGUUUCUUAGCUACGAGCAGGAGAAGAUGAUGCUGAUUGAUGAAAAUAUGGAAAAAUGGUGUGCGAGGUUUAACCAUAUUGUUUAUAUAUUGUAUAUGUAUGUAAGUGUCUGUAUCUGUUAUAUAUAAUCUUUGUGUAAGAAAAAAAUUGUAUCUGUUUGGCAUGGGUUUUGUUCCUGCAGUUUUGUUUUAGGGCUACUACAGUGUCAAUUUUGACAACAAAAGUAU